CUUCUGCACACACAAGUUUACAACAACACAUCCAGCAAGGUAAAAUGGCGUCGGGUGCCAUUUCAACGGAGUCAAAGAAAAUAACAGAUUUACGAGUUAUAGAUCUUAAAUCUGAACUCAAGCGAAGGAAUUUGGAUGUCACAGGUGUGAAGAAUGUUCUAAUUGCAAGGCUGAAACAGGCCAUUGAGGAGGAAGGUGGAGAUCCAGAGACCAUUGAAAUUCCACUCCCAGCAGACACGCCUAAUAGAAAAAAUGCAAAAGCUAAAGGAAAGAAAGUGGACUCUGACACUGAUAAUCCAAUGGAAGAUGAAUCCUUCUCCAAGGAAGAUGAAUCCUUCUCCAAGGAAGAUGAAUCCUUCUCCAAGGAAGAUGAAUCCUUCUCCAAGGAAGAUGAAUCCUUCUCCAAGGAAGAUGAAUCCUUCUCCAAGGAAGAUGAAUCUCCUACCAAGGAAGAUGAAUCUCCUACCAAGGAAGAUGAAUCUCCUACCAAGGAAGAUGAAUCUCCUACCAAGGAAGAUGAAUCUCCUACCAAGGAAGAUGAAUCUCCUACCAAGGAAGAGGAAUCUCCUACCAAGGAAGAGGAAUCUCCUACCAAGGAAGAGGAAUCUCCUACCAAGGAAGAGGAAUCUCCUACCAAGGAAGAGGAAUCUCCUACCAAGGAAGAGGAAUCUCCUACCAAGGAAGAGGAAUCUCCUACCAAGGAAAACAAAUAUUUUUCCAAGGAGGGAGACGAGGAUGAUGUUGAAGAAGAUAUAACUGAUACAGAUGAUGGUACUCGCGAAAAUUCUAAACCUCCACCCAGUGAGGACGGCCUCCCAGAAACCGAGGUUGAGGCAGAAGCCGAGGCGGAGGCCGAACAAGUGGAGGAGAUCGAAACUGAAGUUGCCGUCUCCGCUAAAGAAGACGAGGACGAUAACAUAUCCGUCACACUCCAGAAUGAAGAUGCCAUCACACUGGAUGUUGAUGGUGAUGACCUCCUGGAAACAGGUAAACAUGUGAAACUUCCAGAUUCAGAGGCAGACAAGGGCUGUGACGAGCCAGAGGCCUCUGCUGAGACGAGCCCCAAGGAUGCCAUGAAGAUGGAAGUGGAAGGCCAUAAAGAUGGUAAGAAGGAUGACGGGAUGAAGGUUGACUCUUCUAAGAAGGAAAGCAGAGAUGCCUCGAAGAAAGCUGAAAUGGGAGACAAAGACAAGGAUUCUGGGAAGAAAGGCCCCUCGUCUACUGGGGCAUCAGGUCAAGGAAAGAGUUCUUCAAAGGACAGAGAUGGAAAGGCCACAAAAGAUGACAAAGGAAGUAUCAGCAGUAGUAGUGCAAGCAGCUCCACUCGAAACAUAUGGGUGAGCGGCCUGUCCUCCAACACCAAAGCAGCUGAUUUGAAAAACCUUUUUGGCAAAUAUGGGAAGGUUUUUAGUGCCAAAGUGGUUACUAAUGCUCGUAGUCCUGGAGCCAAAUGUUAUGGCUUGGUGACAAUGUCUUCCAGUACAGAGGUGGGAAGGUGCAUCUCCCACCUGGACCGCACAGAACUCCACGGCCAGCAGAUAUCUGUUGAAAGGGUUAAAAGUGAUCCCUUCAAGAAAGAACCUUCAAAGAAGGAAUCAGAUGACAAAACCAGCUCCAGCAAAUCAAGUGACAAACGUAGUGCGUUGACAAACAAGACUAGCACUAGCAAAACCCAGCCAUCCUCCAAAAAAGAAGAGAAGAAGUCCGACAAGCCAUCAGACAAAGAUGGCAAGGAUUCAUCCAAGAAGCAGGAGUCUAAAAGCACAACAUCCAGCUCAGGCCCAGAUGCCUCCAAGAAAGAUGAUAAAAAGCAUGGUGGAAGGACCAAGAGCCCUGGCAAGAUGGUGGUGAUUGAUCAUGCCAAAGGAGACCUGAACAAAGUGAGACCACCAUUCAGGAGGGGGAGAUUUGACAAGCCGGGUUUCACCACCAACAACAACAUGAUGCAGCGGAGACCCAGAUAUUUCAUUCCCCCCGAAGAGAUGGAGAUGAAUAGAGUUAGAGUUUUCCCCAACAAGGGAGGCAGCAAAGACAUCCUCCCCUUUGAGAAGAUGAAAGAGCAGAGGUUGCGUGAGCGUAUGGUCCGGCUGGAGCGCGUCCGCAGGGCUGUGGAGCUUCGCAGGCGGCGUGAGAUAGCGGAGCGGGAACGCCGGGAGCGUGAGCGUAUCAGUCUGAUUAGGGAGCGGGAGGAGAGGGAGAACCUGCUCCGGGAACGGCAGAGGCUUGAGGUGGAGAGGCAGAAACUGGAGAGGGAGCGCAUGGAGAGGGAAAGGCUGGAGAGGGAAAGGAUCCGCAUAGAGCAGGAGCGGCGUAAAGAGGCGGAGCGUAUGGCUCGUGAGCGGGAGGAGCUGAGGAGGCAGCAGGAGCAGCUCCGCUACGAGCAGGAGAAGAGAAACAACCUGAAGAGAGGCCGCGAUGUGGACCACAGCCGGAGGGAUGAUCCCUACUGGAAUGGAAACAAGAAGAUCCAGCCAGAGUCUGAGGGCCGUGUCAACCAGGGCUCAGACUACAACCGCCAGCAGAACCGCUUUACUGAGUUCAGCCCCCGGGAAAGAGGCAGAGGCUUCCCUGAGGCUGCAGCCGUUGAGCCCAACACCAUUGAGAGACGUAACCGCUUCAACAGUGAGCCUGAGGCCAAGAAGUCCCGCCCCACUGCUCGCAGGGACAGCUCUGGGUUUGAGCGCUACCCCAAGAACUUUGAGACUGUCCGCAGGGCUGAGCCUCCUCCAACUCCACGAGCAAACAUCCGUGACACAGACCGCAGAGAGAUCCGAGACAGGGAUGAGCGCCGGGCUGCGCCCAUGCCUGAGCGCCGGGCUGCGCCCAUACCUGAGCGCAGAGCCGCGCCCAUUCCUGAGCGCCGGGCCGCGCCCAUGCCUGAGCGCCGGGCCGCGCCAAUGCCUGAGCGCCCAGCAGGGGGCAGAGCACCCAUGCCUGGCAUGUCUCAUACCGGCCGCUCCCCCAGAGGCUCCGGGCACGCCGGUCAUGCUACUCAUACUGGGCAUGCAGGAUGGAAGAAUGACUGCAGCAUGAGUGCACCUAAGGGGGACAUACGUGGAGCUGUGCGUACCGGAGGUAUGCGGCCAGAGCGUUCAGGCAGAGAUGGCCAGGGGCCUGCUCUCAGAGGAGGCUCCUCAGCCAGCCGAGGAAGAUCUAACUUCAGUGGCCGGGAUGGAGGAAGACCCAUGGUCAUGGCAGACCAGCAUUUCAGCUCCGGCCGCCAGGUGGUGGUGGAGCGGCAUGGCCGGGACCAGCCGGCCCCGAGGAAGGAGUGGCAUGGUGGGGCUGGAUCCCAGGGAGGGGGCUUCCCAGACAGCCGCAGGAUGGGAGACAGCCGUGGCAGCAUGAUGGCCCCACACUCAAGCCACUCUUCGUCUGCAAUGAACAGAAUCGUGCAGAUCACCAACAGUUCCAUGUCCAGUGUUGGUGGAUUCAAGCCCUUCAAAGGAGCACCCCGACGGUUCUAACUGCCUCUCCCCAGAUCAGCUUAAGCUUAUUUUUCAAAAAUACAUUUUUUUUUUAAAGUAUUAAGUAUAUCUUUUGAGUAUUGUUUUAAGAGGCUGGUUUCUAGCCAUAAGGUUGAUAUAGAAAUGUUUUGUUCUGUAUAGGUUACCUCAAUGAAUGGUUUCCUAACAGUUGUGCUGUGACUUAAACCCUGUGCACAUAAUGUUCAACUUACCUUUAGAAUAGAAUUGUACAGCUUUAGUUAUUUGUAACAAGUUUGAUGUUAACUGCUCUUCCCUUAACUGAAACUCCAUGUCCCGGAUGUCAAAUGUAAGCAGAUCAAUGUAUUCUUUCACCAUUUUUAGUUAUGCCCCCUGGUGCUUCUGAAGGUUAUUAAAAGAUACAUCUUGCUCA